AUGCGCUCCCACCAUGGCUGCGCCCGCUGCAAACACCGACGCCAAAAAUGCGACGAAAGGCGGCCCAGUUGUACGCGCUGCGAAGAAGCCGCUGUGAAUUGCGAGUAUGUUAUUAAACUCAAAUGGGAUGGUCGUGUACCGAGAAAACAAGAGCAGACAUCGAGACGAAGGAGGAGGCGGAAGGCUGCUUGUUCUAUUACUGCGACAGAGUUAGAGAGUUUGCACCACAGUCCACCGGCUCAACCUUCGAUAGAUGAGGAAUCCAAAUUGAUGGAAGUAGACGCUUUCAAAGCCCUAUCUUCCCGCGACAAAUUACUGCUGAACCAUUUCAUAACACACGUCUCCAAAUUAAUGAGUCACACCUCGGUCCGCGAACAAGCAUGUCAAAUCCUACCCGUGGCGCUGGAAACACCUUCCUUACUAUACGCUACCCUAGCAUUUUCAGCACUUCAUCUCUCGACUUUGAUUUAUACUAAUUCUAGUAAUGCAACUGGGGGUGGGAUAUGCGACACAUCGGUUGCCGACAUUCUUGCGUGCAGUAUCACACAUCUACGGCAGGAACUCGAAGACAAGGAUCCUACAUGCAAUGUCAACCAUACGCCGGGUCUGUUGCAUACCGUAAAGACUCUCUGUCUUUUCGAGAUCUACUCCGGUAAAUAUGACUCAUCCUGGCGCGCACAUCUCAAAGGCGCAAGGGCCCUCCUCAAGACCACAUCGACCGGUCUAUCGACAAAUGCAUCCUCCGGGGGCUGGUUGAUAGCAAGAUGGUACAUUUCCAUCGAAGCUUUAUCUGCAUUAACGAAUGACGAAACUCAUGAUGAACAACAACAGGUAAUUCAGCCCAUGAUCGAUUCAGUGGUUAGCCAAGGCUCUAUGCUGGAUAUCUAUGCCGGUUAUUCGGCUGAUUUGCACUUGGCGUUUAGAGAUAUUGGGUCCUUGAUGCAAAAAUAUGCAUCUAAAAAAGAUGAAUCCUGCGGUGAUGACAUUCUGUCAGACCUGCUGAGGCAUUGCGAUGAAUGCAUUGAAAUCGAACAACGGGUCGAAAACAUGAUCCAUCGCGACAAGGAUGGCGGACUCAGAAUUUCCGCUGAAAUGUCUCUGAGUGCAGAGGAAAUUCGAAUGUUUACUGCUUGCAAUACUGCAUACCAGUACUCGGCGCUUCUUCAUAUUCGUCGACGAUUAUAUAACAUGGCCCCCGAGUCCGGACAAGUACAACAGUGCGUCAGAGGUAUUCUGGAUGCAGUGUGUAAUGUCUUACCUGUUACGGUAUUGUCGCCGUGGAUCUUGCUUACGACGCCUAUAUUUACCGCGGGUCCAAUCCAAAAAAUGACGCCCCUCCAUGCUGAAUGGAGCUCAUUUAUUACGCAGAAUCCCAACGUGCGCCAUGACGAUGAUGGUCAACGAAAUAGAGACUUCUAUGACUCUCCAGCCGGCCGCGACUUAAUUACAGAGGUAUCGACGAGAGAUACAACCGUUCCAGCCCGUGAUGGACACAAUAUUCCAAUUCGAGUAUACACCGCGAAGGGACAGGGAUUUAGGCAUGGAGUGGUUAUCUUCUACCAUUCCGGUGGAUUUACAGGUGGUUCCCUGGAAACCGAAGAUGUAAUAUGCCGAUACAUGGCCCUAUCCGGUCCUCUCACCGUUCUCAGUGUCGAGUACCGACUCAGCCCAGCACAUUUAUACCCUGUCCCCAUCAACGAUGGUUGGGACGUAUUUCAGUACAUAGUCACCAAUCUCUCCAGCUUAGUAGCAAACCUCGCUUCCGGAAUGAUCAACCUAGUCGUAAGUGGAACCUCUUCAGGUGGGCAGAUCGCGGCUAUCGUCUCUCAACGCGCGCAAACCUGGAUGAAAGGGAAUGUUUCUUGUGUAAAUAUCACCAUGAGCGGUGUUCUGCUCAGAGCGCCUGUGACUGUGCGUGGGACGGAGGCACGGUAUAUUCCUCCCCCGUUUAGAGACUUGCACCAAUCAUGGUGUGCUGAAUUGGAGACUGUUCGCCUCACGAGACAGGGAAUGGAAGAGAUUCAUGAUACACUUGGAGUCCCGCCUGACGAAAGAGAUAGUCCAGAAGCGUAUCCAUUAUGGGGUCAAUUUCAUGGCUUACCAAGAACAUACAUUCAAAUCUGCGAUGUGGACAUUCUCCGGGACGAUGCUGUGUGCUACGCGCAAGGCUUGCGAGAUGCCGGGGUCGAAGUGCAAAAGUCAUUGUAUACGUGGCCCCCCGAGCCCAUCUCGCCGGGUCCAGACACCCUCGUCCUCAGCGUGGGCACAUACUACGUUGAUCUACGCAUGAAUCGGGACGAUGGCAGCAUCUACUGGGCGUUGGCGGGGAGGAGGAUUGUCGUUUCUGAGGAGCCAAGAAAAGUGAAAUUCACACAUGAAAUCGACUCUCAUGACACCACAACCAAUGACAAUACUGAGAGCAAAGAGGCAGGAGAGGAGGAGGUCGCAGACGAAGGCACAUUCACAAAACUGCCUAAUGGCGACGAUCUCGAAAUCGGCGAAAUGCCUGCGCCGCAUUUGGGCGGGAAAGUGGCGGCGUAUAGAGAGGUGUGGCGCGAGUUGAAUGCCUUCGACAAUGACAUCAAAAAUGAGGAUGAUCGAGUUUGUUGGAUGCUGGAAAGCGUUGAGGUUCCGGAGGAAAAGCAGGAGCGAAAGGAGAAGAAGAGGGCGUUUUAUUGUCGAGUUGGGAGGUUUUUUCUUGCGUUACGGCGGGCUGAAACGCGAGUCUCUGAUGACGACCCAAAAGCAGUGGAGGUUGAGUUUUCGGGGAUUAGGCAGGAAUUCGAGGGCAGAGAGUGGGUGACGAAGUAUAGUGUUGGUACGGAAGCGGAUGAUAUGCUUCACAUGUCGACGUCCAAGUUUGUGUUGGAGAAUGUUAAGGGCGAAGAUUCAGCGUGGAAAGUUGAUGAUCAGGUUGUGAUCAUAAAUAAAAAGGAUGGCACAGUACGGGAAGCUUGUGUUGUUAGGGCAGUGAAAUGA